AUGGCCGUUCCCUAUCAGUGCACAGAGGCGCCAAUGUCCCAGCAGCCAGAUUCCCAAUAUGUACGAACUCAUCAGUACGCUGCUGGGGCUGGUCGAAUUCUACAGCCAAAUCUUUAUUCUAUGCGUGUGGGUGAUGACGAGAUUAUUACGGAGUCAGAAGCUGUCAGCCCAGCCUCUCAUUGUUUCCCAGAGGGCGAAUUCGUCCCACCGGGCUUUUUUGAAAGGGUCCAUUCGGAUAUGUUUAGAUUGCCCGCGUGCCAGAUUGAUUGGAAAUACAGUAUGCGCAGGGAGGCCCAAAUGAUCUUGCCAUUUCUUUAUUUGGGCCCAUGGGGGUGUUUGAAAGACAGAGACUGGCUUGCUAGAGAAGGGUUUACUCUACUCCUAGCCAUCCGCGACAAGCGACUAGCGCAUGCACGAUUGAUUUCCGGCGAGAAAAUGGCUGCGGAAAUGGGCAUUGAGGCUGAUGCCGUGGAUACCUUGGAUAACCAAGAACUUAUAGCGACAUUGCCUCGUGCAAUCCGUCUUAUCAAUGACCAUAUCUCCACUCCAGCAAAUGCACAACAUAUGAAUUCGUCUCGCAGAAAAAUCCUCCUAUUUUGUGAGACUGGAAACGGUCAUUCAGCCCUGGUUAUUAUAGCGUAUCUGAUGGUGAUGUUCAAUCUGGGCUUUCCCGAUGCUUUACAGGUCGCCCAUAUGCAGCGUUUUUGUAUUGAUAUGGACGAGUCAUCGAAGCAGAUGCUAGCAUCAUUUGAAUCAAUUAUCGAGGCGAAGAGAGAUGUCGAACAUGCAAAAAGAAUUUCAUCGAUAAAUUCGAAACUUGCGAUUCCUACAAAGGUCAACAAGAAAAGAGACUUUGAGGGCCAACAUGACAUGACAAACACAAUGGAUAUGGACAUAGAUGAAGGUCCUUUUCUUGGUAGACGGGGUGUAGCCCCUUUUCAGGAUCGCUCGAAAUAA